AGGUUGUUGUGGAGUUGUAACCAUUUGACCCUUGGGAUCCCCCAGUCCCCAACCAUCAGCUUCGACGACUCCUGCAAUUCGAUCUCACAAGACCCGGUAACAAUCGAACCCUCUCUUCGUUUCUGUAAUACAUACAUUACAUGUCAGUUUGUGGGCUUUAAGGAUGACAACAGUUGGACCAACAAUGGAUCAAGGUAAUAAACUUGGUGUCGCAAGUGUUGGUAAAGUUCAGAAUUCAGCUUCAGGGUUCAAAAGGUGGGGAAGAAAAGGGCCAUUUAUCAGGUACGGGCUUCCUAUGAUUUCACUCACCGUGUUUGGAGCACUCGGGCUUGGUCAUCUAUUGCAGGGCAGCAAAGAUAUAGCUAAGGUGAAGGAUGACCAAGAGUGGGAGAUCCUCGAAACAAAAAAGGCCCUUUCGAGAACAGGACCGAUUGAAGCUUACAAACCUAAGAACUUGUCACUGGAGGAGGAGCUAAAGGCUUUGCAGCAGAGUGUUGACAUAAACAACUAUGAAUAUAAGAAGAUCCCCAAGCCGAAUGAAGGUUAAUGAGCUUCUUCAAGCGUACUUCAUGAACCAUUUGACCAUCCAUUAAUAAGUCAGCAUCUCCUGGUCAUUUUCGACUCGUAGAGAGAUGGGAAACAUGUUCAGUUGUUCACACACCGUAUCCGCGCAAUUUUGUACAUUUUGGUGGUUGUUAUCCCAACCGAUGGUUCGUCUUUACUUUUGUUUA